CAGUGAUUGUUUGAGCAAUCAGAAAGGAAUUUAGGAGGAGACAAAGAACUGUGUAAUACAAUACUCAGUGAGUCGUCCCAUGCAGGUUCAUUGAGGAUAAUAAACAGUAGAGGACAGGGAUUUGUGGGCAUUAGUUCUCUAAGAGAGAAGUGGAGAGAUAAAUCUGAGCUGCUGAGAUUCUUCCAACAGGUUUGUUUGGUAUUCUGAGUUCUCUAAGCUUCUUCUAGGAUGGUUUGGUUCUGAUAAAUGAUUGGACUAAACUAGUUUCUUCAACUGUAAAGGACUAAAGGAGGAAGAACCACUGUAAACAAGAACCGGAAGUUUGCCAACCCUGCUUGAAAACAGUUUAGGUGAAAGGUGGUGAGCGUCAUGGGCGACAUUAAUCAUCCUCCCAAGGAACAAAUGCAGGAUCUGGACUACUGCAUCGAUUCAAACCCUCCUUUGGACCAGACAAUUCUCUUGGCAUUUCAAAACUACAUUGUGAUACUUGGAACAUCUGUGAUGAUACCUUCAUUUCUGGUCCCACUGAUGGGGGGCACAGAUGGUGACAAAGCAAGGGUCAUACAAACACUUCUGUUUGUAGCCGGCAUUAAGACUCUUCUUCAGACACUGUUUGGUACCCGCUUGCCUGUCAUUGUUGGUGGUUCAUAUUCUUUUGUGGUGCCUGUCCUCUCGAUUAUAGGUGAUCCAAAGCUGCAAAGGAUUCCAGACUCUAAUGAAAGGUUUAUACAGACAAUGAGGGCAAUUCAAGGAGCAAUUAUUAUAGGUUCAAGCUUGCAGAUUGUCUUGGGAUAUAGUCAGCUCUGGGGUAUUUUUUCAAGGUUUUUCAGUCCUCUAAGCAUGUCAGUUGUAAUGUGCCUAGUUGGCUUGGAACUACUGGAACAUGGCUUUCCUAAGGUUGGAGAAUGUGUAGAAAUAGGAGUUCCAAUGCUUCUCACACUUGUUGGGCUUUACCUGUAUCUCAAACACAUCAAGACAUGGAGGGAAAUUCCACUGUUUGAACGCUUCAGCAUUCUUAUAAGCAUAAGCUUAAUAUGGGCAUACGCCUUUCUCUUGACCAUAGUUGGAGCCUACAAACAUGUAUCACACGAAACUAAGCUUCACUGCCGCACAGACAGCUCCCAUCUGUUGUCCUCUUCCCCAUGGAUCAAGAUUCCUUACCCUCUCGAAUGGGGCCCGCCAACGUUCAAUGCCGGUCAUGCAUUUGCAAUGAUGGCAGCGGCCAUCGUUUCUCAGAUUGAGUCCACUGGUGCAUAUAUUGCUGCAUCACGCUUUGCUAUGGCUACUCCCCCUCCUGCAUAUGUACUGAGCCGAGGCAUUGGAUGGCAGGGAAUUGGAGUCUUGCUUGAUGGCCUCUUUGGAACGGGAACUGGAUCAACUGUAUCAAUAGAGAAUGUGGGACUGCUUGGGCUAUCCCGGGUUGGAAGCCGCCGAGUAAUACAAAUAUCAGCUGGCUUCAUGAUCUUUUUCUCAGUCUUAGGAAAGUUUGGAGCUCUAUUUGCAUCCAUACCCCUUCCCAUAUUUGCAGCAAUCCACUGUGUUCUGUUCGGUCUAAUGACGUCCCUUGGGCUAUCGUUCCUCCAAUUCACAAACAUGAACAAAAUGAGGAACCUGGUCAUUACUGGGCUCUCACUUUUUCUUGGGUUAUCCAUCCCCUACUAUUUUAACCAAACAUGGACUACUUCUGAACAUGGACUAGUGAACACCAGAGCCAGCUGGUUCAAUGCUUUCUUAAAUACUAUCUUCUCUUCGGCGCCAACAGUAGCCUUGCUGGUCGCUGUUUUGUUGGAUAAUACAGUGGACGUUGAGACCUCGAAGAAGGAUAGAGGAAUGCCUUGGUGGGAAAAGUUUAGAAACUUUAAAGGGGACGCAAGGAAUGAAGAGUUCUAUACACUGCCCUUCAAUCUUAACAGGCUCUUUCCCCCAACGUGAACUUGGCAGAUUGAUUAGGCAGGGAAUGCAGAAUUUAUUAUGUAACAGAAGCUAUUUUAUUUGUUUGUUUAUUAAAAUCAUCUAUACCCCCCCCCCAGCACUAAACAAACUGGAAAAAUGAUUAAGAAAGCAGAAUGGUAAUUCUUGAAGUUGGAACUUAGUUUCAUUGAUGUCUAGUAGUAUCAUAUAAAAGACAACAUCAGUAAUAUCUGCUAUUACUAUACAAAAGAAUAAGGCUGCAAUCUGUCUACUGAAACAUCUAAUUGAUUGAAUUUCUAGUUGGAGGAAAGGUAGGGAGCAAAGAUAAACGAGGCAAAAAAGUUAAGGAAAAAAUUACUGUAAAAAAUCACUUCAAGCAAGAAGAAUCAUGAUUAUAGUGGAGGAUA